AAUUAGCGCGUGUGAAGACGACUGAGGCUGACGCACGAGUGGCUGGUGGUGGGGCGGCGUGUAUCUAGAAUUCUAGGGCAGCCGCGGCGGAAAAGAUGGUGGAAUCCGUGAAAUCAAAUGAGCUCCAAGAGACCUUAAAGCCAUUUUAUCAGAGAGCUGCAGAAGCAGAGGAACGUCUAACAAGACUUGAAGCUGCCUUGGCCAGUGAAAAAGACGCAGGAAAUGAGGAACACUUGAAACAAAUUGGUGAUCUUCAGUCGAAGCUUGAAAAGGCUGACGCAGAGCUUGUUGCAGAAAAAGAGAAGGCUCAGAAGCUUGCCGCCGAAAAUGAAAAGCUUCAAUACCGUAUAAUCCAUCUUUCGCGGGCACUCAAAGAGGCCAACAUGAAGUUACAGCGAGUUUCGAAAUACACACUGUUGACACAAUGUGUGCGUUUAAGUCAGUUCUAUGGAAACGCUGCAACCGUAUGAGGGGCUUUGGGCAAAACCGGGUAUCAGACGGAAGAUCUGAACUUGGGCCAAAAGUUGAUUUUUUUUAAUUUUCGAGUCAGUAUAGAAUGUGCUCUCAUUUCCCAAGAUUCUAGAUUGGUUAGCAUGUGAAAUUGCAUUAUUUUCUUUCAUUGAAUGAAUUCUAUCUUACAAAAUGUGGCUUAUGGUGGAAUCGGUGGUGUGUUUGUUACUGACCUCAGGUUACGACACAGGAGCUGUUGGAGAGCAUAAAAUUGUAGGAUUCAUGAACUCAUGGGCUGAAAACUUUGCGUUUAUUGGAAGGUCGGUUCAGACAAAUUCUCUCGGUGCGAAUGAGAAUUGAAGGACGAUGGCCUUUGGUGAUGCUAAAUGUCCGCAAUCGGGAGUUUAACUUUCCAGAUGUUAUUCUGCCUCCUAAUACUUGUGCAUGGUGAUAAGACAGUUGUAAAAUUUGGGCCGAUUAAACAAUAGAGGUUUAAUUCUAUUCAUGCUUUUUGGUGACA